GAAACUGUUUUGAGGGGCUUUUCUUGUCGAAAGGAUGCUAGAGAAGGAAUACUCGCGAUGGGUCCUAUAAAGUUAUAACAUUUCUCAUAUAGCAUUUUGAUUCAUUCAGAUAUACUGUAAUGGUGUUUACGAUGACUACAGAUUUAAAUUACUUGCCCUCUUGAUUGCUAGACAAUUCAGUGGAUAGAAAACCAGUUUACCAGUAAUCAGAUUAUUUAAACAGAAUACUCGAGUGAUUGAGCAUGCUGCUGUGGUAUUGUUACGGUUCUAAAGUGGCUGGUUUACCCCAGCCUGUUGUGCGUAGUAAGUAGCCCUUGCUCACAGGAGCAGGACAGGAGCCUAACUCCUGUUUCGUAGCGUGAGGCAGCUUCAUUUAAAAAGGACAGACUCGCAUCCAGAGGGUAUCACAAGGCCCCCAAUCUAUCAUUUUAACGCUAAAUGCCAAGCAGAGGUGCAUCAGGUCCCAUUUUUACAGUCUUUGGGAUCACUCGGCCAGCGAUCGAAACUAUUACACCUCCAAUCGCACCUUAACCGCAAGGCCACUGAGUUGGUGUCUGUUGCGUAUUGAUGGUUAUGUAGAAUUGGCCACUGGGCUGUGAUGAGGCUCUGGUACAUUUGUGAGGUAACAUAUUUUCUGUGAUGUGGGAAAGGGGGGGGGGGGGCUGACUGUCAUUCAUGAAACAACCAACAAUCUAUUUGAUGGACAUAUUCAUAUUUCCAUUGAAAAAAAUGGAUGAUGACCGCUUUGUCUGCAUGACACUAAUGGCAGCUUGUCUGAGGUGAGGACAGAAAUAGCGCCACAUCUUAAUCGGAUUACUGUGGCCAUCCAUCGCUGCACUCCGUCGUCAGUCAGUGUUUAAAUGAACAGAAUCACAGUGGCUGACCUUAUUCCAGUUAUCCUGGGAUGCUGUGGUGUGGUGUGGAGUGGUGUGGUGAUAGUUGGUUUCCGGUCAGUUGUCCCAUGAAAGGGAUUGCUGGGAGUAGUGGGAGUAGUGCUGAGUAACAUAAUACCAGAGCAAGUGAAUAAGAGUUGGGCUGCUCGGUGCACUUCCAACUGCACAAUGUGGAAGUGCACAAGAGUGUUUUUAAGAAUGAGAAGAAAAUAUAUCUGCCAAUUGUAAUUAUAUGUGCAUUGAUUUUAAGGUACAGAAACAUUCCUCCCAAUACUUUUCCCCCCAGCAGCCUUGUGUAGUUGAUAUGACUGUUUAUUACUCUAAAUCUCUAAAGCCCCACCACUACAUUAUAAUAAUGUAACUUCGUUUUUUAACACUGGAUGUGACACGACAUGUUUGUGAUUGAGGCAGGUGACUAACGCUUGAUUGUUAGGUCACUGUGUCAGAAGGGCAGGGUUACAUAAUAUAUAAAGUAUUACCUGGAAUAUUAUAAUGAUUAUAAUCUGUUCCAAAUGUAGACAUUAAUGAAUUGGACGCUAUUUCCUUUUUGAAAAUGAAUUGGUUUUAAGAGAAUGCCUUGACAGUAGUAAAAAUAUAUAAUAUUGGAUAAUCAAGUAUUAAUCAAGUAAUCAAGUAUUUAUAGAAGUAUGAUUUGAAAUGUACAGUGCUUUACUUGUUUCUGUCUCCAUACAUUUCUGCUUGCACCUUACUGUCUUUUGGAUGAUAAUGCUUUCUAUAAGCCAAAGAAGAAGGCAGAGUCAGCCAACCCAGCCACCAAUGGUGCCGAUGCCAAGCCCAAAAAGAGCAAGAGCAAGAAGAGCGGAGAACUGUCUGGAGAAGAGAGUCCUGCUGUUCAAAGUGGAAAAAAGGUGAAGAAAAAGAAACCAGAUGAAGAAAAAACAGAAAAGGAAAAAGGGAAAGGGAAAGAAGAGCCAAAGAAGAAAACAAAAAGUGUGCCAAAGAUAAAGAGAGGUUCAGAUACAGAAGAAGAUGAUGAUGAGGAAGAGACUCCACAAAAGAAGACAAAGAAAAAGACCACAAAAGAAGGUUCUGACAAAGAUGGCAAGGAUAAGAAAUCCAAAGCUAGAGGUGGGCAGAUGUAUAGGAGUUACUGAAACAACAAGAAUACGACAUGGUUUAAGAGGAUUAGAUGACAAAGAGUAUGACAAAAAAUCGAAGAAAGACACCAAGAAAAAGGAACCGGCUUCUCUGUUCUGUGUAAAUGGAGAUAAGGAUAAGUUAGACUCCAAGAGCAAGAAGAAAGCAGCCAAAUCUGAUAGUGAUGACAGUGAACCAGAAACAAAGUCCAGCAAGUCAAAACCAAAAAAGAAGGAGAACGCCAACCCGGCAUCCAUGUUCGCAGCAGGGGGAGACAAGGACAAGGACAAAGACAAGAAGAAGAAAGCCAAAGCAUCAGAGAGUGACGAUUCUGACUCUGAGGCAGAAAAAGGGACAAAAAAGAAAAAGGGAAAAGGGAAGAAGAAGAAGGAGGAGAGGCCUCCAUCCCCGGACAUUGAGUUUGACAGCCUGGAGGAGUUUGCCAUGCAGCCAGCCCAGCAGGGGGUGACGGUCAAAUGCAAGAUGACCCGGGACAAGAGGGGCAUGGACAAAGGCUUGUACCCCACAUAUUAUCUCCACCUCGACAAUGAAAAGAAGGUCUUUCUACUGGCUGGGAGAAAACGAAAGAAAAGCACAACCUCCAAUUACCUUAUCUCCAUUGACCCCACAGACUUGUCUAGGGGUGGAGAAAAUUUCAUUGGAAAGUUGAGGUCCAAUAUGAUGGGCACUAAGUUCACAGUGUUUGACAAUGCUCUGCAUCCAGACAGAGCUCUACCAGACAUGUCCAACGCUCGCCAAGAACUAGCAGCCAUAAUUUAUGAAACUAAUGUCUUGGGAAUAAAGGGUCCCAGAAGGUUGACCGUCAUCAUCCCAGGGAUGGGCAAGGACAGUGAACGAGUACCCAUCCGACCUCGCAGCGACAACAACGGUUUACUGAUGAAGUUCCAGAACAGAAAGAUGGACAAUCUGAUCGAACUCCACAACAAGACCCCCACGUGGAAUGAUGACACGGCGUCACAUGUGCUGAACUUCAACGGCAGGGUCACACAGGCCUCCAUCAAGAACUUUCAGAUCGUCCACAGCAAAGAUGAGGCCUAUAUUGUGAUGCAGUUUGGACGAGUAGCAGAUGAUGCUUUCACUCUGGACUAUAGCUACCCCAUGUGUGCGGUGCAGGCCUUUGCCAUCGCUCUAUCCAGCUUUGAUGGCAAAAUAACCUGCGAAUAACAGGAAACCAUGGGCCCCGGUGCCUCCUCAAGCUGCUGCAACUCGUAAUACUACAGAUGCACACUACCACAAAGAAGAAUUUCCUUCACCACUUUAACACUCAACAUCAGUGCAAGGUACACAGAAGGAUGGACGUCCUAGACGAGAUGGGGAUCCAAGUGCAUUUGAUAACACAUGGACUGUCUUCUGGGAUUGUUUUGUUUGUUUGUGUCUCAUGCACAGGAAGCUGCUGAGGGGAGGGCGGCUCAUAAUAAUGGCCCGGAACAGAGCUGAUGGAAUGCCAUCAAACACCUGGAAACCAUGUGUUUAUGUAUUUGAUACCAUUCCACUAGUUCCACUCCAGCCAUUACCACGAGCCCGUCCUCCCAAAUGAAGGUGCCACCAACCUCCUGUGGUCUCAUGAUAAUCAUAAACCUUUCUGGGAACAAGAUGACUUUUUCCAUAGGAGAUCCUUGCUGAUGCUGCACGCAAGGCUGAGCACUUGAGAUUUGGUGUGCUUUGGCGUUACACCAUUUCAGUGUCGGGGGAUGCAGACCAAUUGGGGGAUGAAAGUAACAUCUGCAGAAUUAAAGCCUAUCUCCCUCCCACCUACAUCAAGGAUUUUAUAGUAUAGUACAUGUCCAAUAUUCAUUCAGUUGUUUUUCGUUUGGAAGGCAAAUCCAAUCAUGUGUAAUCUCAAGUCCAUUGGUAGAAAAACUGGGUCUUCGUGGACUUAUUUAGGCAUACUUGUUCUUAUUACCAGUAGGGUUAUGUUUGUUUCCAUGCAUUGUGGUAUGUCAACAUUAUGAAAUUGACCUAGUCUUAGCUCAAUGUGUGCUUAUCAGAUGUCUGCUGUAUGUUCAUGUUAGGGAUUUUUAUCACCAAUAUUAUGGCCUCCUUAAACAAAUUAGAGGUUUCAUUCUGAACCCUUAAGAGGCUGUAGCAUAAGGCAAUAUGCUUGUAACAAUUGACUGUGGACAGUCACAAGUAUUUUCCUAAUCUCAUUUGCUGUUCCUAUUCCACUCAAGCAACAAUUUUGUUGUUCUGAUACCUGCCUUUUUAUGUUCUCUCUAUGUACAGUUGAAGUCGGAAGUUUACAUACACUUUAGCCAAAUACAUUUAAACUCAGUUUUUUGCAAUUCCUGACAUUUAAUCCUAGUAAAAAUUCCCUGUCUUAUUUUAAGAACGUGAAAUGUCAGAAUAAUAGUAGAGAGAAUGAUUUAUUUCAGCGCAUUCCCAGUGGGUCAGAAGUUUACAUACACUCAAUUAGUAUUUGGUAGCAUUGCCUUUACAUUGUUUAACUU